GCGAGCCGGAGUUCGGCGAGGAAACUUUUAAAUGAACUCUCUAAUGUCAAUGACCACCUUCUAAGAUCUGAUGACGUCUAUUAUUUGUUAUUACACCUUCAUUACAUGUGUGUCUACCCUGUCACGCGGCCAAAAGUACCUGAAUUCAUGAGGUGAUAUAGCAGAGUUUAAGUUAAAAUGAACGAUCGACGUCGAGCUGAUGACAUCCAGCAUGUCACCGAGCUGUCGUUCAGAAACAACAACAACAACAGUAAAGAGCCCAGCAAGUAUGACGACCCGCCUAACUCCAGGCUCUUCAUCGUUUGUGACAAGCACAUUACCGAAAAGGAGUUUCAGGAAGCUUUCUCAAAAUUCGGCACCAUUGAGGAAAUAUGGUUCGUCAAGGACAAAUCCUCGGGCGAACCUAAAGGAGUUGUUUAUAUCAAGUUCUCCAAAACGUCGGAGGCCGCUUCAGCGAUGGAAGAAAUGAACGGAUCUUGCAUUCCCAAUCACCCAAGGCCUCUAAAGGUCAUGAUAGCAGCUAGCCGAGAACAAGGUUCUAGAAGAGAAGUGAAUGAAGAGGAGAGACUGUUACGUCUGUUUGUGAUGGUGCCAAAAAGCAUCACCCAGAAAGAGUUGGAGGAAAUAUUUUCUCAGUUUGGUGAUAUUGAUUACGUCUCGAUCGUCAAAGACCACGAGACUAAAGUUAGCAAGGGGUUUGCCUACAUUAAGUACCACAGGGCCAGUCAUGCUGCCAAGGCCUUCGAAGGUUGUGAUAAAUCUUUCAAGCCCGUUUUCGCCGAGCCUAAGCCGCAGAAGUCUUCGGGCCCCGCUUCCGAGCCAGACCGCUUUCCCCUACAGUUGGGGCCGAACGCGAAUUUUGCCGAGGCCUUUAACCAGGGCGACGCGUGCAGCACCACCCUCAACAUCAUCGCGUCGCACACGCUGAACCAGGACCAGCUGUGGCGACUCUUCGACAUCGUGCCUGGCAUGGACUACUUACAGCUCAUUCCCGACCCGGUGACCGGACAGUUCAAGGGCCACGCUGUCGCCGUCUACAAAUAUCCGCAGGCGGCCGCUUUCGCCAGAGAGAAGCUCCAUGGCUUUGAAUACCCCAUUGGGCAGCGCCUCAUUGUCAAGCUAGAUGCUCCUCUCAAAGAAAGACCGUCGCUGACUGGUGCUGGUCCCUCCACAGUGCCUAGGCACAGCAUCGUGCCACUCAACCCUCAAGCCGUCAGACCUGAAUUUACUGCCUUACCUGAUAAUUUUGUAUCUGCCAGGGCCAUAAUUCAAGUAGCAGCUACAAACCCAGGAAUUCCCGCAAUCAUGGCGCGACCCGCCGACAAGACCUUUGACCCCAGAUUUUGCUCAGUACCUCUUCCGCCACCUCAAAAUUGUGCUCCGUACGGCGCUGAAGUCGUCGAACGCUUGUUCAUUGUAUGCCAGCCAUCCCCUCCUGCCGUGCCUAUUCUGAAGGACGUCUUCAGCAGGUUCGGCAAUUUGAUAGAUGUCUACCUGAUCGGACAAAAGACUUGCGGAUAUGUUAAGUACGCUUCAAAAGAGAGUGCCGAGCUGGCGAUGAAGACCCUGCACGGCGAGAUGAUUUGCGGGCGAAGGUUGAAGGUGCUGCCUGCGGAGCCUGCCAAGGAUGACGUCAGUCGCAAGAGGGUCAAAAUGGAAUAUUGAUGAGCGCACGACCUAUGCCAAGCUGUACGAAAGACUUGCAACGAGACAAACAAACGACUCGUCCAACUCAUUUUUGUGUGUCUUCUGUGAGGACUAUUGACUCUCUAUAUUCACUUAUAUUUAUGGAAGUUUUGUUUUAUUUUAUAUUAGCAAAUUAUACUCUUGAUUCCCAGCAAGUAUUAUAGCUCUGAUACUUGACCUAAACUGUUUAAGUUUUAUAUUAAUUUGUACUCAUUUUUACUCCAGUGAUCAAACGUGAUUGAAAAUUUUUCUUUUUGUUUCUCAAUACAUCACAACAUCUUCGAACAUAAUAUAUGAUAGCUAAUUUUUAUAGUCACAUUAAAAUUUGUUACAUGCAA